GCCAUCGCCAUGGUUGAUUCCCAUCCACAAACCAAGCAAGUUCAAGAAAUAGCGGCAGACUAUAACCACCUGCCGGAAAGAUACAUCCGUAAACAAGACGAAGAGUACGGUAGCGUCAACAACGCCGGUGUGUCGUCUCCGAUCACUGACGAUAUUCCUGUUGUUGAUGUUAGCCUCUUAACUUCAUCUCUUUCGGAGCUCGAUAAGCUCAAAUCAGCUGUUAGCUCUUGGGGAUGCUUUCAGGCAAUUAACCAUGGAAUUGAAAGUUCGUUUUUGGAGAAAGUUAGAGAAAUCAGCAAAGUGUUCUUCGGGUUAUCAAUGGAGGAGAAAAAGAAAUACAUGAGAGCACAAAAUGAUCUCGAAGGCUAUGGAAAUGACAUGGUUCUCUCACAUAACCAAACUCUUGAUUGGACUGAUAGGCUCUACCUCACUGUUCUUCCAAAACACCAACAAAAGCUUCAAUUAUGGCCUCAAAAUCCCUCUCACUUCAGGGAGAUUCUUGAUGAAUAUAGUUGUAAGAUAGAGUCAAUCAAUAAACUUGUGCUUAAAGCCCUUGCUAGAUCAUUAGAUUUGGAAGAGAAUUGUUUCUUGAAUCAAUAUGGAACAAAUUCAACAACGAAUGCAAGAUUUAACUACUACCCUCCUUGUCAAUGGCCUGAAAAAGUUUUAGGAGUGAAACCACAUGCAGAUGGGUCAGCAAUCACAGUUUUGUUGCAGGAUAAAGAGGUUGAAGGGCUUCAAAUCUUGAAAGAUGAUGAAUGGGUUGGAGUUCCUAUUGUUUGUGAUGCGUUAACCAUUAACAUUGGUGAUCAACUCGAGAUAAUGAGUAAUGGGGUGUUCAAGAGUCCUGUGCAUAGAGUGUUGGUGAACUCGGAAAAUGAAAGGAUGACUUUGGCGAUGUUUUGCAUGCCUCAAACGGAAAAGGAUAUUGGAGUUGUUGAUGAACUUGUUACGUGUGAAAGACCAAGGUUAUACAAGAAUGUCACGUUUACUACAGACUUUUUUUUCAAGAAUUAUCAACAAGGUAGAAGAGCCAUUGAUGCUUGCAAGAUUUGAAACAAACGGAAUCCAUCAAAUUGUCUUUUGUUUGGUUGGUAGAGGAUAAAAUGAUAUUCAAUUUUGUUUUGUUUUUUUUUUUAUGUCAAAAGAAUUGAAUGGAGACUACAUAUACCAACAAAUGUCACCUUGCAAUUCUCAUUCCAAG